AUGCCGGGCAUCUUCACCUGCCUCCUCAUACUCCUCUCAUGCCGGGCAUCUUCACCUGCCUCCUCAUACUCCUCUCAUGCCGGGCAUCUUCACCUGCCUCCUCAUACUCCUCUCAUGCCGGGCAUCUUCACCUGCCUCCUCAUACUCCUCUCAUGCCGGGCAUCUUCACCUGCCUCCUCAUACUCCUCUCAUGCCGGGCAUCUUCACCUGCCUCCUCAUACUCCUCUCAUGCCGGGCAUCUUCACCUGCCUCCUCAUACUCCUCUCAUGCCGGGCAUCUUCACCUGCCUCCUCAUACUCCUCUCAUGCCGGGCAUCUUCACCUGCCUCCUCAUACUCCUCUCAUGCCGGGCAUCUUCACCUGCCUCCUCAUACUCCUCUCAUGCCGGGCAUCUUCACCUGCCUCCUCAUACUCCUCUCAUGCCGGGCAUCUUCACCUGCCUCCUCAUACUCCUCUCAUGCCGGGCAUCUUCACCUGCCUCCUCAUACUCCUCUCAUGCCGGGCAUCUUCACCUGCCUCCUCAUACUCCUCUCAUGCCGGGCAUCUUCACCUGCCUCCUCAUACUCCUCUCAUGCCGGGCAUCUUCACCUGCCUCCUCAUACUCCUCUCAUGCCGGGCAUCUUCACCUGCCUCCUCAUACUCCUCUCAUGCCGGGCAUCUUCACCUGCCUCCUCAUACUCCUCUCAUGCCGGGCAUCUUCACCUGCCUCCUCAUACUCCUCUCAUGCCGGGCAUCUUCACCUGCCUCCUCAUACUCCUCUCAUGCCGGGCAUCUUCACCUGCCUCCUCAUACUCCUCUCAUGCCGGGCAUCUUCACCUGCCUCCUCAUACUCCUCUCAUGCCGGGCAUCUUCACCUGCCUCCUCAUACUCCUCUCAUGCCGGGCAUCUUCACCUGCCUCCUCAUACUCCUCUCAUGCCGGGCAUCUUCACCUGCCUCCUCAUACUCCUCUCAUGCCGGGCAUCUUCACCUGCCUCCUCAUACUCCUCUCAUGCCGGGCAUCUUCACCUGCCUCCUCAUACUCCUCUCAUGCCGGGCAUCUUCACCUGCCUCCUCAUACUCCUCUCAUGCCGGGCAUCUUCACCUGCCUCCUCAUACUCCUCUCAUGCCGGGCAUCUUCACCUGCCUCCUCAUACUCCUCUCAUGCCGGGCAUCUUCACCUGCCUCCUCAUACUCCUCUCAUGCCGGGCAUCUUCACCUGCCUCCUCAUACUCCUCUCAUGCCGGGCAUCUUCACCUGCCUCCUCAUACUCCUCUCAUGCCGGGCAUCUUCACCUGCCUCCUCAUACUCCUCUCAUGCCGGGCAUCUUCACCUGCCUCCUCAUACUCCUCUCAUGCCGGGCAUCUUCACCUGCCUCCUCAUACCCCUCUCAUGCCGGGCAUCUUCACCUGCCUCCUCAUACUCCUCUCAUGCCGGGCAUCUUCACCUGCCUCCUCAUACGCCUCUCAUGCCGGGCAUCUUCACCUGCCUCCUCAUACUCCUCUCAUGCCGGGCAUCUUCACCUGCCUCCUCAUACUCCUCUCAUGCCGGGCAUCUUCACCUGCCUCCUCAUACGCCUCUCAUGCCGGGCAUCUUCACCUGCCUCCUCAUACUCCUCUCAUGCCGGGCAUCUUCACCUGCCUCCUCAUACUCCUCUCAUGCCGGGCAUCUUCACCUGCCUCCUCAUACGCCUCUCAUGCCGGGCACCUUCACCUGCCUCCUCAUACUCCUCUCAUGCCGGGCAUCUUCACCUGCCUCCUCAUACGCCUCUCAUGCCGGGCACCUUCACCUGCCUCCUCAUACGCCUCUCAUGCCGGGCAUCUUCACCUGCCUCCUCAUACUCCUCUCAUGCCGGGCACCUUCACCUGCCUCCUCAUACGCCUCUCAUGCCGGGCACCUUCACCUGCCUCCUCAUACUCCUCUCAUGCCGGGCAUCUUCACCUGCCUCCUCAUACUCCUCUCAUGCCGGGCAGCUUCACCUGCCUCCUCAUACUCCUCUCAUGCCGGGCAUCUUCACCUGCCUCCUCAUACUCCUCUCAUGCCGGGCAUCUUCACCUGCCUCCUCAUACUCCUCUCAUGCCGGGCAUCUUCACCUGCCUCCUCAUACUCCUCUCAUGCCGGGCAUCUUCACCUGCCUCCUCAUACUCCUCUCAUGCCGGGCAUCUUCACCUGCCUCCUCAUACUCCUCUCAUGCCGGGCAUCUUCACCUGCCUCCUCAUACUCCUCUCAUGCCGGGCAUCUUCACCUGCCUCCUCAUACUCCUCUCAUGCCGGGCAUCUUCACCUGCCUCCUCAUACUCCUCUCAUGCCGGGCAUCUUCACCUGCCUCCUCAUACUCCUCUCAUGCCGGGCAUCUUCACCUGCCUCCUCAUACUCCUCUCAUGCCGGGCAUCUUCACCUGCCUCCUCAUACUCCUCUCAUGCCGGGCAUCUUCACCUGCCUCCUCAUACUCCUCUCAUGCCGGGCAUCUUCACCUGCCUCCUCAUACGCCUCUCAUGCCGGGCAUCUUCACCUGCCUCCUCAUACGCCUCUCAUGCCGGGCAUCUUCACCUGCCUCCUCAUACUCCUCUCAUGCCGGGCAUCUUCACCUGCCUCCUCAUACUCCUCUCAUGCCGGGCAUCUUCACCUGCCUCCUCAUACGCCUCUCAUGCCGGGCAUCUUCACCUGCCUCCUCAUACGCCUCUCAUGCCGGGCACCUUCACCUGCCUCCUCAUACUCCUCUCAUGCCGGGCAUCUUCACCUGCCUCCUCAUACUCCUCUCAUGCCGGGCAUCUUCACCUGCCUCCUCAUACUCCUCUCAUGCCGGGCAUCUUCACCUGCCUCCUCAUACUCCUCUCAUGCCGGGCAUCUUCACCUGCCUCCUCAUACUCCUCUCAUGCCGGGCAUCUUCACCUGCCUCCUCAUACUCCUCUCAUGCCGGGCAUCUUCACCUGCCUCCUCAUACUCCUCUCAUGCCGGGCAUCUUCACCUGCCUCCUCAUACUCCUCUCAUGCCGGGCAUCUUCACCUGCCUCCUCAUACUCCUCUCAUGCCGGGCAUCUUCACCUGCCUCCUCAUACUCCUCUCAUGCCGGGCAUCUUCACCUGCCUCCUCAUACUCCUCUCAUGCCGGGCAUCUUCACCUGCCUCCUCAUACUCCUCUCAUGCCGGGCAUCUUCACCUGCCUCCUCAUACUCCUCUCAUGCCGGGCAUCUUCACCUGCCUCCUCAUACUCCUCUCAUGCCGGGCAUCUUCACCUGCCUCCUCAUACUCCUCUCAUGCCGGGCAUCUUCACCUGCCUCCUCAUACCCCUCUCAUGCCGGGCAUCUUCACCUGCCUCCUCAUACUCCUCUCAUGCCGGGCAUCUUCACCUGCCUCCUCAUACUCCUCUCAUGCCGGGCAUCUUCACCUGCCUCCUCAUACCCCUCUCAUGCCGGGCAUCUUCACCUGCCUCCUCAUACUCCUCUCAUGCCGGGCAUCUUCACCUGCCUCCUCAUACUCCUCUCAUGCCGGGCAUCUUCACCUGCCUCCUCAUACUCCUCUCAUGCCGGGCAUCUUCACCUGCCUCCUCAUACUCCUCUCAUGCCGGGCAUCUUCACCUGCCUCCUCAUACUCCUCUCAUGCCGGGCAUCUUCACCUGCCUCCUCAUACUCCUCUCAUGCCGGGCAUCUUCACCUGCCUCCUCAUACUCCUCUCAUGCCGGGCAUCUUCACCUGCCUCCUCAUACUCCUCUCAUGCCGGGCAUCUUCACCUGCCUCCUCAUACUCCUCUCAUGCCGGGCAUCUUCACCUGCCUCCUCAUACUCCUCUCAUGCCGGGCAUCUUCACCUGCCUCCUCAUACUCCUCUCAUGCCGGGCAUCUUCACCUGCCUCCUCAUACUCCUCUCAUGCCGGGCAUCUUCACCUGCCUCCUCAUACUCCUCUCAUGCCGGGCAUCUUCACCUGCCUCCUCAUACUCCUCUCAUGCCGGGCAUCUUCACCUGCCUCCUCAUACCCCUCUCAUGCCGGGCAUCUUCACCUGCCUCCUCAUACUCCUCUCAUGCCGGGCAUCUUCACCUGCCUCCUCAUACCCCUCUCAUGCCGGGCAUCUUCACCUGCCUCCUCAUACUCCUCUCAUGCCGGGCAUCUUCACCUGCCUCCUCAUACUCCUCUCAUGCCGGGCAUCUUCACCUGCCUCCUCAUACUCCUCUCAUGCCGGGCAUCUUCACCUGCCUCCUCAUACUCCUCUCAUGCCGGGCAUCUUCACCUGCCUCCUCAUACUCCUCUCAUGCCGGGCAUCUUCACCUGCCUCCUCAUACUCCUCUCAUGCCGGGCAUCUUCACCUGCCUCCUCAUACUCCUCUCAUGCCGGGCAUCUUCACCUGCCUCCUCAUACUCCUCUCAUGCCGGGCAUCUUCACCUGCCUCCUCAUACUCCUCUCAUGCCGGGCAUCUUCACCUGCCUCCUCAUACUCCUCUCAUGCCGGGCAUCUUCACCUGCCUCCUCAUACUCCUCUCAUGCCGGGCAUCUUCACCUGCCUCCUCAUACUCCUCUCAUGCCGGGCAUCUUCACCUGCCUCCUCAUACUCCUCUCAUGCCGGGCAUCUUCACCUGCCUCCUCAUACUCCUCUCAUGCCGGGCAUCUUCACCUGCCUCCUCAUACUCCUCUCAUGCCGGGCAUCUUCACCUGCCUCCUCAUACUCCUCUCAUGCCGGGCAUCUUCACCUGCCUCCUCAUACUCCUCUCAUGCCGGGCAUCUUCACCUGCCUCCUCAUACUCCUCUCAUGCCGGGCAUCUUCACCUGCCUCCUCAUACUCCUCUCAUGCCGGGCAUCUUCACCUGCCUCCUCAUACUCCUCUCAUGCCGGGCAUCUUCACCUGCCUCCUCUCUGCUUGCCUCGUGCAGGUGGUAGGAGAAGCCUCCACGGCCGUCCUCCUCUCUAAGGUCUACCUUGCGGGGUUCAUGCCGCCACCAGCAUUCACAGCCGUGGCCGCCUAUCACCUACUCUCCCACCCCUCACCACCGCACCAACCCCGCCCCCCCUUGCCAGGUGGUAGGAGCGGCCUCCACAGCCGUCCUCCUCUCCCAACUCUUCAUAGCGGGGUAGUGGGAGCAGCCUCCACAGCCAUCCUGCUCUCCCAAGUGUACCUAGCGGGGUUCAUGCCGCCACCAGCAUUCACAGCAGUGGCGGCCUACCUGCUGCUCGGCUGUGCCGUCAACUGCCUGCGCUUCACCCGUCGCCUUCCCCAGCCCCUGUGGGACACGUGGCAGGACGUGAUUGGCGUUCUGGGCCUCGCCGUGCUGCCGCAGCGUUCCCCCAUCUCCCGUUCCCCCAUCUCCCGUUCCCCCAUCUCCCGUUCCCCCAUCUCCCGUUCCCCCAUCUCCCGUUCCCCCAUCUCCCGUUCCCCCAUCUCCCGUUCCCCCAUCUCCCGUUCCCCCAUCUCCCGUUCCCCCAUCUCCCGUUCCCCCAUCUCCCGUUCCCCCAUCUCCCGUUCCCCCAUCUCCCGUUCCCCCAUCUCCCGUUCCCCCAUCUCCCGUUCCCCCAUCUCCCGUUCCCCCAUCUCCCGUUCCCCCAUCUCCCGUUCCCCCAUCUCUCUCCCGUUCCCCAUCUCCCGUUCCCCCCAAUCUCCGUUCCCCCAUCUCACCGUUCCCCCAUCUCCCGUUCCCCAUCUCCCGUUCCCCAUCUCCGUUCCCCAUCGCCCGUUCCCCCAUCUCCCGUUCCCCCAUCUCCGUUCCCCCAUCUCCCGUUCCCCAUCUCCCGUUCCCCCAUCUCCCGUUCCCCCAUCUCCCUUUCCCCCUCUCCCGUCUCCCCCAUCUCCCGUUCCCCCAUCUCCCGUUCCCCCAUCUCCCGUCCCGUUCCCCCAUCUCCCGUUCCCCCAUCUCCCGUUCCCCCAUCUCCCGUUCCCCCAUCUCCCGUUCCCCCAUCUCCCGUUCCCCCAUCUCCCGUUCCCCCCAUCUCCCGUUCCCCCAUCUCCCGUUCCCCCAUCUCCCGUUCCCCCAUCUCCCGUUCCCCCAUCUCCCGUUCCCCCAUCUCCCGUUCCCCCAUCUCCCGUUCCCCCAUCUCCCGUUCCCCCAUCUCCCGUUCCCCCAUCUCCCGUUCCCCCAUCUCCCGUUCCCCCAUCUCCCGUUCCCCCCAUCUCCCGUUCCCCCAUCUCCCGUUCCCCAUCUCCCCGUUCCCCAUCUCCCGUUCCCCCAUCUCCCGUUCCCCCAUCUCCCGUUCCCCCAUCUCCCGUUCCCCCAUCUCCCGUUCCCCCAUCUCCCGUUCCCCCAUCUCCCGUUCCCCCAUCUCCCGUUCCCCCAUCUCCCGUUCCCCCAUCUCCGUUCCCCCCAUCUCCCGUUCCCCCAUCUCCCGUUCCCCCAUCUCCCGUUCCCCCAUCUCCCGUUCCCCCAUCUCCCGUUCCCCCAUCUCCCGUUCCCCCAUCUCCCGUUCCCCCAUCUCCCGUUCCCCCAUCUCCCGUUCCCCCAUCUCCCGUUCCCCCAUCUCCCGUUCCCCCAUCUCCCGUUCCCCCAUCUCCCGUUCCCCCAUCUCCCGUUCCCCCAUCUCCCGUUCCCCCAUCUCCCGUUCCCCCAUCUCCCGUUCCCCCAUCUCCCGUUCCCCCAUCUCCCGUUCCCCCAUCUCCCGUUCCCCCAUCUCCCGUUCCCCCAUCUCCCGUUCCCCCAUCUCCCGUUCCCCCAUCUCCCGUUCCCCCAUCUCCCGUUCCCCCAUCUCCCGUUCCCCCAUCUCCCGUUCCCCCAUCUCCCGUUCCCCCAUCUCCCGUUCCCCCAUCUCCCGUUCCCCCAUCUCCCGUUCCCCAUCUCCCGUUCCCCCAUCUCCCGUUCCCCCAUCUCCCGUUCCCCCAUCUCCCGUUCCCCCAUCUCCCGUUCCCCCAUCUCCCGUUCCCCCAUCUCCCGUUCCCCCAUCUCCCGUUCCCCCAUCUCCCGUUCCCCCAUCUCCCGUUCCCCCAUCUCCCGUUCCCCCAUCUCCCGUUCCCCCAUCUCCCGUUCCCGCCCAUCUCCCGUUCCCCCAUCUCCCGUUCCCCCAUCUCCCGUUCCCCCAUCUCCCGUUCCCCCAUCUCCCGUUCCCCCAUCUCCGUUCCCCCAUCUCCCGUUCCCCCAUCUCCCGUUCCCCCAUCUCCCGUUCCCCCAUCUCCCGUUCCCCAUCUCCCGUUCCCCCAUCUCCCGUUCCCCAUCUCCCGUUCCCCCAUCUCCCGUUCCCCCAUCUCCCGUUCCCCCAUCUCCCGUUCCCCAUCUCCCGUUCCCCCAUCUCCCGUUCCCCCAUCUCCCGUUCCCCCAUCUCCCGUUCCCCCAUCUCCCGUUCCCCCAUCUCCCGUUCCCCCAUCUCCCGUUCCCCCAUCUCCCGUUCCCCCAUCUCCCGUUCCCCCAUCUCCCGUUCCCCAUCUCCCGUUCCCCCAUCUCCCGUUCCCCCAUCUCCCGUUCCCCCAUCUCCCGUUCCCCCAUCUCCCGUUCCCCCAUCUCCCGUUCCCCCAUCUCCCGUUCCCCCAUCUCCCGUUCCCCCAUCUCCCGUUCCCCCAUCUCCCGUUCCCCCAUCUCCCGUUCCCCCAUCUCCCGUUCCCCCAUCUCCCGUUCCCCCAUCUCCCGUUCCCCCAUCUCCCGUUCCCCCAUCUCCCGUUCCCCCAUCUCCCGUUCCCCCAUCUCCCGUUCCCCCAUCUCCCGUUCCCCCAUCUCCCGUUCCCCCAUCUCCCGUUCCCCCAUCUCCCGUUCCCCCAUCUCCCGUUCCCCCAUCUCCCGUUCCCCCAUCUCCCGUUCCCCCAUCUCCCGUUCCCCCAUCUCCCGUUCCCCCAUCUCCCGUUCCCCCAUCUCCCGUUCCCCCAUCUCCCGUUCCCCCAUCUCCCGUUCCCCCAUCUCCCGUUCCCCCAUCUCCCGUUCCCCCAUCUCCCGUUCCCCCAUCUCCCGUUCCCCCAUCUCCCGUUCCCCCAUCUCCCGUUCCCCCAUCUCCCGUUCCCCCAUCUCCCGUUCCCCCAUCUCCCGUUCCCCCAUCUCCCGUUCCCCCAUCUCCCGUUCCCCCAUCUCCCGUUCCCCAUCUCCCGUUCCCCCAUCUCCCGUUCCCCCAUCUCCCGUUCCCCCAUCUCCCGUUCCCCCAUCUCCCGUUCCCCCAUCUCCCGUUCCCCCAUCUCCCGUUCCCCAUCUCCCGUUCCCCCAUCUCCCGUUCCCCCAUCUCCCGUUCCCCAUCUCCCGUUCCCCCAUCUCCCGUUCCCCCAUCUCCCGUUCCCCCAUCUCCCGUUCCCCCAUCUCCCGUUCCCCCAUCUCCCGUUCCCCCAUCUCCCGUUCCCCCAUCUCCCGUUCCCCCAUCUCCCGUUCCCCAUCUCCCGUUCCCCCAUCUCCCGUUCCCCCAUCUCCCGUUCCCCCAUCUCCCGUUCCCCCAUCUCCCGUUCCCCCAUCUCCCGUUCCCCCAUCUCCCGUUCCCCAUGCUUCUCUUCCACUCCCCUCCUCCUCUCCCACCCCAAAUCCUUUUUUGAGGCGCCCAAAAUUUUCCUUCUUACCCUCGUCCCUCCAUCUCCCUAUCCCAUUCUUCAUGCCGCUCCUCCCCUCCAGUCCCUCUCCCCGUCUUCUCCCCUUCACCUCUCCAACUCCUCACCUCCCCUUCCCCACUCCCCUCCCCGUACCUCACCGCUCCACUCUCCUCUCCCUCCACCCAUCCCCCACCGCUCCCCCCCGCAGGUCAUCUGGUCCACCUUCUCCUCCAUCAGCACGAAGCUUCCAGGAACCAUUUCAGCGGUGGGCGGGCUACUGUUCAUAGCGGCCAUGCGGAGGGGGCUGGUGGGGCAGCGGUGGCGGGACAGAUGGCAGCUGCUGAGUGGCUGGACUGCCACGCUGCUCUUUAUGGUCAUGCCCGUCGCCCAGCUGCAGCAGCGCCUCAAUCCCUCUCUUCCACAAUUCAAUCCCUCUCUCACAUCCUUCAAUCCCUCUCUCACAUCCUAUCUUCCUUAUCCCCCAUGUUGUGCCUCACAAAAUGUCCGCCAAUCUCACCCUAUUCCACUCAUUUUCUUCCCUCUCCACUCAUCACACCCUCUCCCCGCUCAUCCUCCGUCCUCCUUGCUAACCCCACCCCGUUUCCCUUCUCAUUCCACCCCUUCACUCCCCCCCUUUCUACUCGACUUCUCCCCCCCCUCCCCACUCACUUCCUCUCCUCUCCCCCUUUUCCCCUCCCACAACUCCCCACCUUUCCCCCCAGGUGUGCUUCACGCGUCCCGACCAGCUAGCGGGCAUGUCAGCGCUCUCCUCGCUGCUGGGCAUCGUGGGCAACGGCCUCAUGGUGCCGCGGGCUCUUUUCACGCGCGAUUUCAUUUGGUGAGAGCCCGCUCCUGCCAACCCUUGCUCUCAUAUCAUAGUCACGACAUCGUGGGCAACGGCCUCAUGGUGCCGCGCGGCUCUAGAGGCGAUUGCUCUUCACUUACAACUCGUGCUGCCCCUUAUUCUUCUGCUCAUGCUGCCGCUCAUUCUGCCGCUAUUCUGCCACUAUUCUGCCGCUCAUUCUGCUGCUCAUUCUGCCGCUCAUGCUGCCCCGCAUGCUGCCCCUUGCUCUCCUUCUCAGUCUACUUCCCACCUCCUGCCUGA